UUAUUUUUAUUUUUAUUUUUUUUUAGGGGGUUGACGAAUCUGGAAUCCAACGCAAUUGUGGUGGAUUAUGGUGUUUGUGCGUGGUACAGAGAGAGAACUCAUUGUCAUCUUGUUCUUCUUCCUUCUUCUCGUUUUUUAAUAUUUGUUAGCAGCCUUGGGAAAUUCCUAAACAACCCAUUUUUCACAACCAAACCCUUGUUUUUAUUUUCCAUUUCUUUCCCUGCAAAUUCCAUUUUUCUAAUUAUUCAUUUUUGUUUGAUUAAUAUUAGCCCACACACCCAUUUGAAGAUUUUUAUCCAACUGAAUACUGAUCUUCUGUCUGCUUCUCUCUCUCUCUCUCUCUCUCUCUAUAUAUAUAUAUAUAUAUGCACGUUUUCCUCAUCAAUCAAAUGAAGUAUUGUGCAGACAAUCCCUUUUUGUUAUUCUACUCCUCAUUGUAGCAUUGUAUGUGUACAUAUGUAUGGGUAGAUAUAUGGAAGGCAAUGAGGAGACCAGUUCCUGCAGGAUAAUGAAUGCAGGCUCAAUCAAGGAGGUGGGAGACAAGGUUGGUGGGAUGACAAGGGUGGUUGAAAUGGAUGCCACCUUUUGGGAAGAAAACAAUCUCCCUUUUGACAAUGGAGGACAAUAGAGGAUAAUGGAGGGGGAUUAUUACAAAGUUUUGGAGGUAGAUUAUGAUGCAACUGAUGAGAAGAUUAAGUUGAAUUACAGGAAACUGGCACUGAAAUGGCAUCCUGACAAACACAAGGGUGACAAUGCUGUUACUGCAAAAUUUCAACAGAUCAAUGAGGCUUACACUGUGUUAAGUGAUCCUGCCAAGCGACUUAAAUAUGAUAUAACUGGAAACUAUGAGAUUGAUAAGUACACUUUGCGAGAGUAUCUAACCAGAUUUAAAGGGAUGAUACUUACUUGCAAUGGGCUUGGUAUGAGUCACUCAUCAAUUUGUUGUUACAACAAAAGGAAGAAAUAUUCAACAGUUUUGGUCGGAAAUUUUCCUCUAGGCCACAGCAACUGAUGGAAUCCAAUGAGUGCCCUAAUAAAUAAGGUCUGAGUAUCUUAUCCUUUUUUCUGCACUUCACAUUCCCUGUUGUUUUGACUAGUUACAUGCACGCUUGUAAUGGUGGAUGUAAAAACUCCACAUUACAUAUUAGCAACAGGGCUAUUGUAUCAAAAUGUACCUGUAUGGAGAUAUAUAUCACAUGUAAAAUAUCAGAAGCAAGUUGCCUACUACAACUGUUUAAACUUGAAAAUAGAGCUAGUGCUGAUCCAAAAUUCCAAGUCAAUCACAUGAAUGAUUAUUUCUUGGUUACA